AUGAGUUCGGUGAUCCAAUUUGUCAAGUCUUCAAAGGACUUCGAAGCGUAUUUAUCGAAGAACAAAUAUUUAGUGGCGAAUUUUACGGCUUCUUGGUGUGGUCCAUGUCAACAGGUGAAACCAAUAAUAGAUGCAUUGUAUACGGAUGAAACAAAUGAAAGGAUAGAAAUCGUUAGAGUGGAUUUGGAUUCCCAGGGAGAUUUGGCAUCUCAGUAUCAAGUGACCAGUAUACCUACGUUUGUCUUCUUAGAAAAUGGUAAAGAGGUCAGCAGGGUUACAGGAGCCAAUGUUCCAGAAUUCAUGAAGCAAUUUCACACGAUGAAAGAGAAAACUGCUAACGACGAAACUUCCACCAAGAGAGUUGGUAAUGGUGCAACCAGUGUUUCUGUUUCAACUUCGGCAUGGAAAGAAAUCGCCGAUAAAAUCCCUAAAGGCUUUGAAAUCUUGAAUGGUUCUAUUUACUUUGGUGAAUUCGAAGCUUUGAAUGCAUUGCCUCUCUACAAAGGUGAAGAAGAUUCUGACGUGAAAAAUCUCUUCAGGCUCGAAUACACUAAGGAAACCAGCACUGUAUUAUCAGAUGCUGAUUCACAGUUGUUGUUUUACGUUCCAUUUACAAACAUUUCCAAGGUUUCUUCAAUCUUGCUCAAGCUUAGAAAGAAUAAUAAAACUGCCUCCGAUGCGGAAUUGGAAUUGGAUGAGGAGGACUUAAAGAGCGAAUGUCAAGAUCCAAGCCUUAUCAAGGUCUGGCAUAAUAAACAUAGUAUUAUGUCUUUCGAUGACGCUUCAGCAGACACCAAUGCUCCUCAUAUCGAAAAGAUCACUGAAACCAACGAUGAAGUGUGGUAUGAAUGCAAAUUAAAAUUUGUCAGAUUCCAAAACGUUCAAAGUUUGAAUAUUUUAAUUGAUGGGGAAGAUGAAGACUAUCACACUCUUCUUGAUAAAGUCAUUUUUAUCGGUGUCAAUGGUGAAUCGAAGGAACAGGCUAAGAUCCUGAAAUUAGAUGAUGAAUAA